UCUUUCGUUAUGGCAGCAGCACAUACCGAUAUUAGCGCAGACAGCGCAGAGCAGCUUCUUCAAGAUCUUGAAGACAACAAGACCCUACCCCUAUGGACCCAGAUGGCCAGACUUAACCCACCAGAGCCAAAUCCGACGGCUAUCCCUUUCGUUUGGAGAUAUGAUAGCAUCCGCCCCAAUCUGCUUCGCGCCGGCAAUCUUGUCACUGAGAAACAGGCCGAGAGAAGAGUGUUGAUGUUGGUUAAUCCCACCAGAGACGCUCCAUAUACAACUGAUACGCUCUAUGCGGGCCUUCAGCUUGUUAUGCCGAAUGAGACCGCUCCAGCCCACAGACAUACAGCGUUCGCGAUGCGAUAUAUUAUUGAAGGCAAGGGGGGCUUUACGGCUGUCCAUGGUAGAAGAAUCAAGAUGCAGAAAGGCGACGUGAUUCUCACGCCCACCUGGAACUACCAUGAUCAUGGAAAGGAUGGAAAUGGCCCGAUGAUCUGGCUAGACGGUCUUGAUCUGCCUAAUUUCCGCCACUUUCCUGUCCAUUUUGUACAGCACUUCAAUCAACCACGGUAUCCAGCCGAGGAUAUUGAUACGGCCACCUCGCCCGUUGUAUUUCCCUGGGCCCAGAUGAAGGCUCAGUUGGAUGGUGUCCCGGGUAAUUGGGCCACCAAACGCUACCUUAGAGCAGAUGGCUGUGAAGCAGUAAGCCGUGUUUUGGGCGGCUGCGCUGAAAGGCUGGAUGCUGCUACCCCUUCUGCUCCUCGUCAAGAGACUCUUUCUGCUGUCUACCAUGUCAUUGCAGGAAGUGGACGGUCUGAGGUAGGUGGCAAGGGCCUAGUUUGGAAAACAGGAGAUACAUUCUGUGUGCCUUCGUGGUACAAAUAUCAGCAUUUUGCGGACCAGGGGGAAACUGUCUAUCUCUACCGUUUCGAUGAUAAGCCCAUGAUUAUGGCCCUGGGUUUCUAUCGCUCGGCAGGCGAUGAUGUGGAGAGUUUGGUUUCAAACUAGAGUCUCAUGUAUUUACGAUCUUGGAGAAGUAAUC